AUGUCGUCCUUAUCCAGUUCAUCUGCGUCAUCUUCUGAUCUGUCAAGGUCAAAUUCGGUUAACAACUCAAUGGUCUCCAUGAACACAGAGGAUCAUGCAGGAUUGUACUACCAUAGGCAACAUCCCGAUCCAGUACCAGUCCAUCAGGAAACUUCUGUGUUUCCUGAGGAGAAAACGGCUAAAGACCUCAAGUGCUUGGUUUCCAGAAAGCAAAAAAAGGCUACCAGGUGCAGUAAGCGUGUCAAAGUGGAAAAUGUGCCCACUAGAAAGCGCAUGGAUUUUGAAGAUGCAGAUGAAACAUUUAGACAUCAUCAAUUGGGAGUAUCCGCGAUUUUAACUUCUAAUGCGAGACCGUCUAGGCUAGCACAUUCGAUGCCACACCAAAGACAGCUGUAUGUAGAGAACAAUACUUCAUCAAAGGAUGUGGAACCAGAGAGAGACCAUAAUAUAUUGCCAUCUACUAUUUGUUCAAGCACCAAACACAAGUUGAGUGUAUCUUCGUCGGUAAGUCCCGCUACAAAAGUUCGUAGACCCUCACAAGUCAAUGCGAUCCUUGAAAUGCCACGUAAUUCGGAUAUUAUUACACCUUCCAAGCAGACCGGGCCCAGGAGGUUAACGUGCUCGACAACAUCCACGCAUUCAUCAAUUAAUCCCGCAGCUCUGCUGACGCAAAGUGUAUCCCGAAAGUCAGAUGCAGAAGAUGAUGCACAGCAAUUGAAUGCAGUGCGUAUGAACACUAGAACAUCUUUGGAUAGCGAUGUGUCACAGGGGUCCCGAGAUUCGCAGGAAACGGAAGAAGAUGUCUGCUUCCCAAUGGCUCCCCCGCUGCAUACACGAGUUAAUGGUAUAGAUUUUGAUGAACUAGAAGAAUAUGCCCAGUUUGCAAAUGCGGAAAAGAGUCAGUUUUUAGCAAACGUUCAAGGACCCAGCGAACAAAAAUACAGCAACGUUCCUCAAGAUAUCGGAUUUACUAGCUCCACUUCUACUUCCAGCUCUUCAGCGGCUUUGAAAUAUACACCCAGAAUUUCGCAGAACCCUGAAAAGAGCGACGGCACUAAUGAGACAGACAUAAUUGAGGAGGAGGAGGAGGAGGAGGGGCAUGACGAUGUUAGGCAUGGUUUGUGUCCUGGCGUAUCAUUUGGUACAAAUAAGAUUGAGGGGGGAGAUGAUGGCAAUAUCCCAAACUGCGAUCCGUCAUGUUCCUCAUAUCAGAAUACAGAUUUCCAAAUACCCAAUAGAUUUUCGUUUUUCCGUUCAGAAUCCGAUGAAACUGUACAUGCUAGCGACAUUCCUUCACUCGUCUCAGAGGGUCAGACAUUUUAUGAAUUAUUUAUGGAAGGAGAACCAACGUGGUGGUUAGAUUGCACUUGUCCAACCGAUGACGAAAUGCGUUGCAUCGCAAAGGCGUUCGGUAUCCAUCCAUUGACGGCAGAAGAUAUUAGAAUGCAGGAGACUCGUGAAAAAGUGGAACUUUUCGAAUCAUAUUACUUUGUUUGUUUUCAUACUUUUGAAAAUGAUAAAGAAUCAGAGGAUUUCUUGGAGCCCAUUAACGUUUACAUUGUUGUUUGCAGGUCAGGUGUUUUAACGUUUCAUUUUGGACCAAUAUCCCACUGUGCCAAUGUAAGAAGACGUGUAAGACAAUUACGUGAUUACGUCAAUGUUAAUUCAGACUGGUUAUGUUAUGCCUUGAUCGAUGAUAUCACAGAUAGCUUUGCUCCAGUUAUCCAAUCCAUUGAAUAUGAAGCAGACUCCAUUGAAGAUUGCGUGUUCAUGGCCCGGGAUAUGGACUUUGCUGCCAUGUUACAAAGAAUCGGUGAAAGUAGACGUAAGACAAUGACUUUGAUGAGACUUUUGAGCGGGAAGGCAGAUGUUAUAAAAAUGUUCGCCAAAAGAUGCCAGGAUGAAACUCACGGUAUUGGACCAGCGUUAACAUCACAGAUCAACAUUGCCAACUUACAAUCAAGACAAGAUUGUGUUAAUCGCACCGGCAAUUAUGGGCAUGAAACUUUAUUAAAUCACUCCGCACCUGCAACAUCACAACCAAGGGGGGGCAUUGCUUUAUAUCUAGGCGAUAUUCAAGAUCAUUUACUGACAAUGUGCCAAAAUUUACUGGCGUACGAAAGAAUUUUUUCUAGAUCCUAUACAAACUACUUAGCUCAAUUGCAAGUGGAAUCGUUCAACUCGAAUAAUAAAGUUACAGAAAUGCUUGGUAAAGUCACUAUGAUAGGUACAAUGUUAGUCCCAUUGAACGUCAUCACUGGCCUGUUCGGUAUGAAUGUCACAGUUCCAGGGAAGAACGCUAGCAUUGCGUGGUGGUUUGGGAUACUGGGCGUUCUAAUUUUCUUGGCCAUUUUAAGUUGGUUCUUGGCAAGUUAUUGGAUUAAAAAUAUAGAUGCUCCAACGACACUUAACGAAGCUGCGGAGAGUGGUGCUAAAUCUUUCAUAUCUAGUUUUUUGCCCAAAAGAAAUAGAAGAUUCAAUGAUCGUUCAAAAAGUGAAAAUAUAAGAGUCGGCCCUUCAAAUAGGUCAGUUGCAAGUCUUCCUAGUAGGUACAGUCGUUAUAAAUAG